AAAUUUGUGGUGAAAUUUUUCAUGAUGAAGCCAGGAAAGAGUGUGGAUGUGAGGGAGGAGAUAGCAGAAGUACACACGGCCGCUCGUUCGCCGUCUCCGAAGCACAAAACCAAAGCCAGACCAAGAUCUAGAUCGGGAUCUCGUAAACUAUCAAAUGGUCAUACGGAAGGCCUAGAUGCAAUCGAGAUGGCUCCUGCGGUCGAAGAAACCUCCUCGGAUAAGGUUAAAACUCGAGAAAGUUGGAUAAAGUCAGAGCACGAGUCUUUAGACGUAGAACUUCCCAUACAUGACCAAAUUAAGCAAGGCAUUCUUGGUUUUGUAGAGAAAGAGUUCAAGAAAAGUGAUAAGAACCCUUCUUUUGUAUUUUACUCUCAUGAUCCUAAUGGUUUGGAUGAGAAGUUCAUGAAAACAUUGUCAAGACCUUCCAGUGGACACAAGGAGAAAAGGAGCCCUUCAUACAGGAAAAAGAAAAGGCAUUCAUCUAGGCACAGGGAUAGAGAUUUACAUGAUUUUGAGAUCCCUGGCUCAAGCCUGAGUGCUCUAGAGAAAGUUGAUGACUAUUUGAAGGAGUACAAUAAAGAUGAAGUAGUGACACUUAGCGGGGAGUUAGAAAUAGAGGCGAAUGAUGUUGAGAACAAUAACGGAACAAGCAAAGAACUGAGACACAAGCCGAGGAAGACACGGAGGAAAACUAGAGAGGAACGGCAGGAAAGUAACAUGAAUGGUAGAGAUGUCAGUCCUAAAGUCUUCAAAACAGGCGCCAAGAUCAAGACAGGAGGUAAACCUGUCCGACCCACAGACCUAACAACAAUGCUGGAAAGUCUUGAGUCCAAUAUGCCAUAUCAUGACCAGUAUAUAGACAACCCGUUCUCAUCACCAUCUCCACUGACAUCACCGAACGAUGAACGACUAGGUCCAUUUGGAUCAAAUCGACCGGAAAAGAUUUACCUGCAAGGAGGCGGGACUUUUAGGGCAGUGUCGCGAGACAGGAUUCUGGAGUCACAACAGUCUCGAGAGGGGGAUAAAUAUUUGAGACUCGGUGAUUUGACGCCCCUGGACGUGGCGAUCUUCGGUCAGAGAGCGUGGCGCAGCGUGUCCCGCGCGUGCCCCGGAGUGCUGGGCGGGCUGGCGCUGCUGCACCUGCUGCUGGUGGGCGGCUCCGACGGCCUGGACGCCGCCCACCUGUCGUUUCACGCCGUCCUGACUAUGCCAUACGUGGCAGCUUAUUAUUUCUUCUGCGUUCUGUGUUUGAUGUGUGUUUUGGACGGUCUGGACAUUACAACCAUGGACCUGUCGCGCGGCCUCCAGCCUCACUUCCAGAGCAUAGUGCUGGUGAUACUGUACACGGCCUGCCUGCUCGUGUGCGCCUGCGCACGCGGCCACGACGAGAUGAUGCUGUACCAGUACACCGCUAUGGUAGGCGAUUUCACGAAUAACGUCACACACCCCACAACAAUACCACCAUUCUACUACACCUGGACCCACUUCUCAAUAUGGCGGGCGGUUCUCGCCAUCUUGGGACUGGUGUACUACAUCAUAUCCAACCCCCCGGAUAUGGUCCUCGCGAAUUUGACCAAGUUGUUGCAAUUCAAACACUCCUUGCAGAGCAUUGGAUGAUAACUCUACCAUUGUUUAUGGUUUGGUAGCUUUUAGUGUUGCUAUAUGUCAAAUUAUGGGAGAAUUUGAUCAAGUUGUUGCAGUUAAAACACUCCUUGCAGACAAUUGGAUGAUAACUCUACUGUCUUUGGUUUGGUAGCUUUCAGUGUUGCUGUAUGUAAAAAAUUGGGAGAAAUUUUUUGAUUGAUUUUGAGUGGUUGGUUGAUAUUUUAUUUAUUUAAAAAAUAAAAAGGAGGGGUAAUAGGUAAAAUUUUCGUCUGCUCAAAUAAUUUGCGCGCUUUAUGAGCACUUGACUUCAAUGAUUUGUAUAGCAGUAUACGUGUGGUGUGUUUUUUACUUUAAAUUUUGUUUUAAAAAAAUAUUUUGAAUUUUCCGCCUUAUUUUUUGGACCUCGUCAGGAUAAUAUAUUUUCAAAGUAUUUUAGGUUUUAAUUUGCAAUCUGAUCGACUCAACUGUUAGAAGAAAUUUUUCUGCGCCUUUUGGAAAUAAUAUCAAAAUAAAAGUAAUAUUAAUAUUAAAAAAAAUUUAUUUUUAAGAAAUUGAAGUAUGGAACCAAAUGUAUCUAGAAAUAAAAUAUACGCUGAUAUCAAACUUUGUGACCACUAUUGCGUAUUUGUUACGUAUUUUCUUUAUUGAUCUCAAACUUAUCUAGUCUAUGUUUUUUGCUUAAGUAAGUAGUGAUAAUUUUGAAUAUAAGUUCUUUAUUUUGUCAUGAUUUGGCAUUAAAAUAGUUUAUUUUUCCUAUGGUGUUACACAAUUUACUAAUUGUGAAAUCGCUUAAUUGUGUUACUCUGAAUUUAUAUUAUAUAACGAUUGUUAAUAAAAAUAUUUCCAAUAAUGCAUUUUGCGUGUACAAAAUAUUAGAGGUAUGCGUUACAUUUUAUAUUGCUUAAUGUAUCACUAGACAUAUCUCUUAGUUAUUUCUCUUUCUAGUCGUAAUUAUAAAUUUAUACAAAAGACUUUUAUGGCAGCUACCUGUGUACAUAAAUAAAAGGAUUAUAUAUAUGUGUUAUGCUUAUAUUAAAAAAAUUGUAUCUUGUCGUAUAAAAAUGCAGGCAAUGUUAAGUUGCACCUCUUGAAAUUAUAUUACAUGUUAUAAUUAUACAAAUAAAGCUCUGUGUUUUAUACUAAAAUGUGUAUAAUAUAAUAAUUUAUCUGUUUCUUGUCAAUGAAUAUUCAAUCAGCUUGUCAACAUGCCUUGCAAUCACUCAUUAGUUUUUUUAGUUUCUUUUAUGAGUCGGCCUCUGUGACGCAGCGGUAGUGCACUUGUCUGUGUCACAGUAGGUCCCGGGUUCGAAUUCCGGCCUGGGCAUGACGAGAAACGAAUUGUUAUUGGCCUGCGUAUUGGAUGUUUAUCUAUAUAAAUAUUUACUAUUAAAUAUAGUAUCGUUGAGUUAGUAUAUUGUAACACAAGUCUCGAACUUCGAGGCUAACUCAAUCUACGUAAUUUGUCCCGUAUAUAUUUAUAUUUAUUUAUCUAGUUGGUAACUCAUGCAUCUGAACUAAUAUAUCUCGUACAUAUUCACACUUUAAAUAAAAAUAGUUACUUUAUUAUAUUUAAUAAGGUGUGUAAAUCACAAUAAAUCUCUCAAAUACUUUGAUGAAUAAAAAACUCGUUUUGAAAACGGGACAAAACAUUUGGAAUGAGAGCGAAAGAGAUCCAGUUGUAUGAAUUUGACAGCUGUCAAAAUGGAAUUCCAUUAUAUCUAGUCACGAUUGCCAAAAAUGAAAUAGAAAAUAAUAUUUUUGAGAAUAAUGUUCUUAAGCAGUUUAAGUAGUACUUACAUACAUAACGGAGGGAUUGUGCAAUGAAAUUGUAAAAUGAUUUGACUGACAAUGCAUAAAAAUAUAUUUUAUUUUUAUUUUAAAAGUACCUAACUUUUUAUUUUAUUCUCAAGUUCAACUUAUCUGGUACAGUGAUGUAAAUAAAACUCAUUCAAAUUCUUAAAAUAAAAAUAAGAAAAUUAAGCUGAUGUCUAAAGUACUGUAUGUGUGAGUGUGUGUGUGUUUGUAUGUUUGUAUAUGUGAUAUAUAUCAAUAAGAGUGCGUACCUACCGAAAUAAUAUAUUUGUUGUGUAUCAUAGUUUUCUUAAACUCAUAUGUGGUCUUUCAAGUAAAUAAAGAAACAUAACCUAUAAACUUGGACGACUAAAAUAAACUUUCUGCCUACCCCGCAAGGGACAUAGACGUGUCUAUAUGUAUGUAUGUAUGCAUUUAUAAUUUUGUAAGGGACCACUGCUUAUAAUAACCUCAGUUGAACAUUGCAUACCAUUUUAUAAAAUAUUCAUCUAUGUAUAUAGUUAAAAUAAUAUCGGCUUAAUAUUAUAAAUUGUAUAAAAUUUAGAUGAUUAUUUUAAGGGCAUUUUAUUAUAGUAAACUAGCUCUCCCGGCAAACGUUAUUAUGUCAUAUAAAUAAUUUUUAAGUAAUUUCUAGUUAAAAAAAUGUUAAGGAUGGAUACAACCUAUAUCACUAAGGGGUAUGAAAAAUAGAUGUUGGCCGUUUCUCACAAAAUUUCAUGAGAAUCGGUCAAGCUGCUUCGGAGGAGUACGGGAAAGAACAUUGUGACACGACAAUUUUCUAUAUAAGAUGAACAUCGUCAUUCUAUUUUGUGAGUCCUACCUAUCAAAAUUUAGGUCUCAUGAAGUUUCAAGGAAUAAAAUAUAGCAAAGCUUUUCUACCUCACCUGCUUUUGAGUUAUUCUUGUAGUUAGAGUCAUUAUGUUGGUCCUUAUGCCAUGGCAACAGAGUUUAUAAUUGACGCCCUUAAAAAAGUUGUCUUAAGAAAUUUAUAUGCCUAUAGUAAAUAAUAGUAAAAGUUCAUAUAUGAUGUUUGUUUUUAUCUUAAUACAUAUAUAAAAAGGCCUUGUUGGAUUUAGUCACAAUAUUUAAUAUAUAUUUGAAAAGAUGUGUAAGUUUAAAUUAAAUAACGUAUAUAUUUGGAAAUGAAGGUUUUUGUUUGUUUUAGUUUGUUAUUUAGAUAUUUUCACUUACCUUCAUAACUUAAUAGUCAAAAUAAGUAACUUUUCGUCACACGAAAUGACCUAAACAAUUUUUUUAAACAAGUUAAUACCAUUAUGAAAUAAUUCUUUGUUUAUGAAAUACAUGUUUGUACUGCAGUUGUAAAUAAAUUAAUUGAAAUAUCUCAAAAAUAAACGUCACUUGUGAUAAAUAUUGUAAUUGUGUUUCAUUAAAACCCACAAUUCAAAAUAAUACUGUUAACCUCAGCUUCGC